AUGCUUAGCAGUUUCAUCAAACCCAUCAUGGAAGAUUGGUGGAAGUCUAAGACAAAGUUGUUCUUUGGAUUGAAAUUGCUGAAGAUGUGGAACUCUCAUCUUCCUCCACUGCGGUGCAAGUCACAGACUGGACAGAUGGUUUCUCCCCUGUCCAGCUUCCAUUUGGUCCUUUUGUGCAUGGCAGCAGCUCCUGAUUGGCAAUCGGAGAUGACUCUUCAAGACACCUGUCAUUUGGCGGCCCUGUGUGUUCCUGCUUCACUUUGUGCAGUCGCAUUGGAUGAAUCCACAAAUGGUACCAGAAGAUGUACCAACCGCUGGGGAACACGUUAA